CUUUACUGAGACGUCUGUUAAGUUUACAAGCACCGUAUUGGCCGCUUAGUAAAUACGGUGUUUUAUUCUUAGCCAUGAAAGCCCUGCCUUUUUGAACCACAAUGGAGUCCAAAGAUUUAGCUAAUGCCAUAUCCCUACUUCUUCCUUAAACAAAUGUGGGAGUUUUGCAGUUAUUUUAUUAGUUUUAGUACAUACUGAUUAGAAAACGGUGUAUAUCAAUUGCUCUCAGCAGUGCAAAUGCUGUCUCUCCAUUCAGAUAUUUUUCUGAAGUAAUUUCUAUAAGGAAAUAGACCAUGGCUAUAUAGCCAGCUAGCUAUUCAUUUUGUCUCCAAAAUCCUAUUCCAAGCUCUAAUACUGUACAUGAACAACAACCGACCAAAAUAGAGGCAUGACAGAGUAUAAACUUGUGGUAGUCGGGGCUGGUGGUGUGGGAAAGAGCGCUUUGACAAUACAGCUCAUCCAAAACCAUUUUGUGGAUGAAUAUGACCCCACUAUUGAGGACUCGUACAGGAAGCAGGUGGUGAUUGAUGGGGAGACAUGUCUGCUGGACAUCCUGGACACGGCAGGCCAGGAGGAGUACAGCGCCAUGAGGGACCAGUACAUGAGGACAGGGGAGGGCUUCCUCUGUGUCUUCGCCAUCAACAACAGCAAGUCUUUUGAGGACGUUCACCUUUACAGAGAGCAGAUCAACCGCGUAAAGGACAGUGACAGCGUUCCCAUGGUGCUGGUGGGAAACAAGAGCGACCUGGGUUCCCGGAGCGUGGAGAGCAGGCAGGCCCAGGAGCUGGCCAGGGGGCUAGGAGUCCCCUUUGUAGAGACCUCAGCCAAAACCAGACAGGGGGUGGAGGAAGCCUUUUACUCUUUGGUGCGGGAAAUCAGGCGAUACAAGGAAACAAACCGCAGCAACAAGAAGAGCAAGAAAAGCACUCAGAGACGUUGCACUAUACUAUAACACAGACCUAGCCUGUCCCAUCCCUCUGCCCUAUACUAUAACACAGACCAAGCCUGUCCCUCCCUCUGCCCUAUACUAUAACACAGACCAAGCCUGUCCCCUCCCCCUGCCCUAUACUAUAACACAGACCAAGCCUGUCCCCUCCCCCUAUACUAUAACACAGACCACGCCUGUCCCCUCCCCCUAUACUAUAACACAGACCACGCCUGUCCCUCCCCUAUACUAUAACACAGACCAAGCCUGUCCCCUCCCUCUGCCCUAUACUAUAACACAGACCACGCCUGUCCCCUCCCUCUGCCCUAUACUAUAACACAGACCAAGCCUGUCCCCUCCCUCUGCCCUAUACUAUAACACAGACCAAGCCUGUCCCCUCCCUCUGCCCUAUACUAUAACACAGACCAAGCCUGUCCCUCCCCUAUACUAUAACACAGACCACGCCUGUCUCCUCCCCCUAUACUAUAACACAGACCUAGCCUGUCCCCUCCCUCUGCCCUAUACUAUAACACAGACCAAGCCUGUCCCCUUCCUCUGCCCUAUACUAUAACACAGACCACGCCUGUCCCUCCCCUAUACUAUAACACAGACCACGCCUGUCCCCUCCCCCUAUACUAUUACACAGACCAAGCCUGUCCCCUCCCUCUAUACUAUAACACAGACCAAGCCGGUCCCGUCCCUCUACACUUCCUGUAAUCUCAUCAGAGAUCCAAGCCCUUGUCUGACAGGAAGGCCGUACAUACGCCCCGUCAGAUUCCUGUUCUGAAAGCUUAUUGGUCACAUUACUUACCAAUGUUAAUCAUCGGUUGUCUGUCCAUGUCAUUAUUUGUUCCAUGUAGUUUUCGACAGUUGUACAAGGAAAAAAAGUUGUAGUGUAUUGUUUUCUUUCUUAAGGCAACAGUAUUACAGUACCAGGAAUAUUCAUAUAUUAAGGUGUACCAAGAAAAUACAUGGUACAACUUAGACUAACACAGUAUAGCAUUUAAAGAACACAAUGGUUCCAUUAACAUGUAUGCAUUGUUAGUUUACUUGCAAAUACCAGGUAAUCAGGUUUUGGCAACAAUCUCUGCUUAUACAAGUGUGUCACCAUUUAUCAUCCCUAACUAUUGUCAGCUGUUACUGUGAAUCUUUAUACAGGACAUUUGAUCCACCUGCCUCCAGUCGUUAAUGGCCAGUCAGUUGUAAGGCUGUGAGCAUCAUGUUAGUGUCAUGGGAUCCUCAACCUGCCUCGGGGAUUUGGAAACAUUUGAGUAAAGAUCACUGUGAGACCAGCAA